AUGGACCCCGGUCCGAAGCAGCCGGUCCGGCGCCGGACAUCAAAACAACUGGAAAGAAAGAGAGAGCUAGACAAGCAGGCGCAGAGAAUCAAACGCGAGACGGACAAGGACCGAUUAGUUCAGAUCCAGGCCGAUGUUCAGAAAAUCCAACAGCAGAUGGACAGCCUCCAGAAAACCAUGGCGAUGAUUCUGGAUGGAAUGAAUACUCUGCACAGUACACAUCCCAGCGCUCAUCUUUCCCAAUCCUCUGUAAUGUCCCUGCCGGCGGAUAGGUCCACCCCGCAAGACGGUAGGAUCAUAGGUACGAGAGGAGACUCGAGCUCCAGCUCUAGUCCUAGCAGCUUGACGUCAAAUUUGGCCCACGGCGGACAAGCACCCCCAAAGCUAUAUGGGGAUACAGAUCGAAGUCUCUUGGCAGUGGAUUGCAGCGUGGUAUCGAGGGAGCUCAAUCAUUCGCCUGUCGCAGUAGGCAGUCUGCCUGAAAAUAACGAUUCUUGUUCCCCAUAUGCCCAGGAUAGCGUGCAAUUGGUUGCUUCCGCCUUACAUCCGUCAGAAACGGGGGCAAAUAAAACGACACUUGACGCCCAUCGCCAAACCCAGGAAUUCUCCAACAGAGAGGUCAUCUCUGUGCAUGAUUCAAAAGCUCCUACUACUAUCUAUGCACAUAUAGAUACUUCUCCACCGACCAUAUUCAGGUAUCGAGGUGUAACGCUGCCAUUCUGUCACUGCCAACCAAGGGUGCACUCCUCGUAUGCAGACUGCUUCGAGCAUACCGUCUACGAUGCGGUGAUCAAAGCGCACAACCAGCCUCAAGCACCACCUGUCCCAUUGAGUCCAUCCCUUCCCGAUCUUCUUUUUGUGGGGGAGGGGGACAACGUUGUAUCCCGGAUUUUAUUCAAAAUGUUGAAGCGAGAAGGCCUUUGCGGGAUGGAUGACGUACCGGAAUGGUUUCGGCCGACUGAAGUACAAAAUAACACGCCUCACCAAAUCUUUACCGAUUUUAUGCCAUUCCCUCAGUUGCGCAACGCCAUGGUUUCGGGCUCAGUUGAGUAUACUCGAGAAGAGUUUGAUAUUGACUACGGCCGUUCUGUUUCGAUUAACUGGCCCAGCUCGAAACCUUUGCUGGUCAGGAACGAUUCCUUGGACGUGGUUCUAAACCCAGAGUUUGAACCACAUGUCCUCAACUACAGUAACUGGUCGCUCAAUGAGGGAUUUGCGCUCAAGUAUCCGCACAUGGCUACGAUGGCCACAAUUAGAUGA